AUGAAGGCGUUCAACGCCUGGCGGGGCGCCGACGGCGCUGGCAAAGGCGCACACGACGCAGUUGCAGAGCUGCAGCAGGUGAUCGUGAAGAAAGAUCUGAUGAUUCUGAGUAUGCAGACGCAGCUAGAUGCCUAUGCGGCACGCUUUGGCGCGCUGCCGGCGGACGUUUUGGACCGAUGGGAGCACUCGGAUACCGGUACUGCGACCCCCAACGGCGACGUUAGGUGUGCCAGGGCUGAAGUAGCAGCAACAAGCGAACCAACGAGACCGCACGAUGGACGUCACGUGCAACCCAAAUGCACCGCUGCUACUUCACCAGCGCCCAAGCAGGCUCCUUCACACACAGCUGCAGACGAGAGCAGGGAACAGGUACCGAGAAGCUGCGCCAGUCCAAAUGUGGUGCUGGACUUUGUCGAAGACUCGCCCAUGUUUCGGUGUCAAGUGGAAGGGAUCGAAGAGUCGAUUGCAGGUCUCCGUGUGUUACUUAAGGAGCUCGUGACGCUCUCGAAAGAGUACGCAGCUGCUGGAAAGCAGUUUGGCGCAAAAGAGACAGCGCUGGCAGAAGAGCUGAUCCAGCGCAAACACGCGCGGGCGAUUUUUUCCACAAGUUGCUCGGAAUUGGGAACUUUGGCCGACUUGUUUGGCGAGAUGCACGACACACUGGCGCAGGUGCAGAGCUCUCGGGUGAGCAUGUUGCUCGGUGUCGAGUCGUUGCUGAGCAGGCUGGUCCAGCAGUUCCUGAGCCAAGACGCGUUGAAAGAGGCCAGCGAGCUGCGGAAAGAAGUGACGAGGCUGGGCGAAGAGUACGAAACGCUGCUUGGCAAGUUGUUGAGCAAGCCCAGGCAGCCAGGACAAGCAUUGGACGGCACAGGGACUCCUACUGGCUUGGGGGAUUCGAUCGGACUACUGGGACUCGGCAGUCCCGUAUUGCCGACAGGAAGCCACUAUGGAACGUCGGUUGAUGUCAUUGCCUCAGGGACACCAGCAGCCUCAAUCGCUGUGGUUGACAAUAGCAACAAUGUUGUGCACCUGGAUGCAGGAACGGCAACUAGCGAAAAACAUCAGCGAGCGCUCGAGCGAGACGUGGUGGCAGCAAGGCGGAAGUUCGAAUUGGCCCGCUUUGACUUGGUUCGCUGCUUAAACCAGGUCGACUGCAUGAAGAAGCUUUUGUUGGUGGAGUGUUUCAACUCCAUUUUGUACGCGCAGCUAGGACACUUUCAUGCAUGUCACGAGCUUGUUAAGUCUGUGGAGUCAACGCUGCGAAAGCGUCAAGAAAUGAUGCAAACUUCACGCAAAGAUUUCGAGCGUGACGAGCUGAUGUGGGCAUCACAGCGAGAACUGCUCGACCGCCGCUUGUCGCAACAUGUUGACAUUGUAAGCUCUAACCUUAAGUCGAUUGAACAUGUAUCGGAAUCGACGGGAGCGUCGAGUGACGAAUUGCCCGUUCCGAUCGAAUCGUUUCCGCCGCUUGACUUGCCCGUCGAGGUUGUUUCAAUUGACACCUCCAGAAGCAGAGAGACUCUCGCCACUUCCGCUGAUGGUGCAGCAAAGCAAGGCUACUUGUUUGUUCGCAACUCGAUGUUUCCAGCUAGAAGUUGGAAACGACGAUGGUUUCAGAUUCAUGCUGGCAAGCUGUUCCAGACGACGUCUCGCGGUGGCGGUGGCAAGCAUCCCACGGAAAGUAGUCUGACCCUCGUGUGCGACUUACUGCUCGCCCGCGUCCGUGAACUAGAGGGUUCGAGUCUGCCAUUUUGUUUUGAGGUCAUUGACGCAAAUCGCGCAAAGCUUUUACUGCAGGCAACAAGUGCUCGUGAUAUGGUCGAGUGGAUCGAUGCUGCACGUCGUAGCACUGAGAACGCGCUCGAAAAGCAAAGCCAUCGCCGGGAGGUGCAUCCUGAGCAACAGUCGGUCAUUAACAGAUUGACGGAAGCAAGCCCGUGCUGUGCGGACUGUGGACAAGAGCCGGCUGAGUGGGUAUCGAUCAACAUUGGAUGUCUCUUAUGUAUCGAGUGCUCAGGCAUUCACCGCAGUCUUGGUGUGCACGAAUCGAAGGUGCGGUCAUUGACCUUAGACUCAUGGGAUAUGGCACUUCUCACGCUGAUUCGAGACGAGCUCGGUAACGACGCAGUAAAUGCAGUAUGGGAACACUCUGUUCCGGAUGGAUGGACCAAGCCGACACCUACGACAUCGUGGGACGAAAAGGCUCGGUUCAUCAAGGCUAAGUAUCAUCUCCGUAGAUUUGUCGAGCCGGACAAGACAUCGGAUGCACUGGGGAGCGAAAGUAGCACUGUGAAUCAAGAAUUGGUGAAGCGGUUCAUUGCAGGAGCUGCGUGUGGUAAUGUGAAAGCGCUGAUGUGGUGCUUAGCGCAUGGAGUGGAUGUGAAUGUACGCGCUGGCAAACAGAAUGAAACGGCUCUACACGUGAGCGCUGCUGCUGGUGCUGCAACUUGUUGCAACUAUCUCGUGGUCAAUGGUGCGAGUCUCACGAUAACCGACAAACGCAAGCGCUUGCCGUACGACGUAGCCAGUGAUGGAGAAUUUGACGACAUUAAGAACGCACUGAAUCCGAAAGUAAGUCCCAGACAGCAUCAUAUAUGA